AUGACCAUCACAUUAUUCCAACAAAAAGAAAAUCAGCGAAAAAUCAAAAAUGGGAGCAGAAAAAGUAUCCAUGAACAUCGUUGUCAUCGGACAAGUCCAAUCUGCCAAGGCUGUCAAAAAUGCCGCCAAAGCCACAACCCCAGCCUCCAGCCAAUUGAUGAACUGUUAAUUCAUGAAGUUCGUUCAUCGCAAAACUCAAAAAUGCCAUAGCCUCAUACAAUGCGAAACGUAAUUAACACAUUUUGUAUUGACAUUGCAAAUAAAUAAACCUUUUCCGAUA